AUGUCCCCAGGGCGUACUACCGUUCGAUCAGUGUACAUGCUGAGUCGCCUACAGGACCCCGCAGUAUCCCAUACGUUAUACGGGAUUAAACUCCAUGUUCACUUCGCCCAAGCACUUCUCGUCAUUCCCAUUAACGAAAGCAAAGGAACCGUCUGGUACGCCACCCGCGAAGAAAGCUCAUGGCCGGUGAUAUGGAAACGAGUUCAAGUCGAGGUCACCUGGCAGCACUUCAGGCCCAACCUACUUGGGCAUUUCGAGAUCGAAGAUUCUGCCAUUGACAUUCUCGGCAAGUAUCUCCCUUUCUCGCGCAAUAUGAACUGCUUUCUGAUUUGGACACUAGCCCGCCUAGCCAUGAGGCAUGUCAGAGCAACCAAGAACUCGGAUUCAGCUCAAGAUGAACGCAUCAUAUUUUGUGAAGAGCUUGGCCAGCUUCUUCUCGAAACGGAACCAUCUUUGGACGACAGCUCUAGGCCUCUGGACGAGCUAUUGAAUGACGUUUCCUUGACCACGAAGCAGCGGUUUCCAAGUACUGGGAGCUGCCCCCUCCUAUUGACCGCCUUUUCUGACUUCAUUCCAGAACAAGAAACGGGUCGCGAAGGGGCCAAUUUGUUCGCCUCCUCACUUCCUACGUCAGCGGCAGGUCCUCAACUUUUCACAAAAGGACAAAAGCGGUACGACAAGAUUCGAGCUUUACUAAUCAGGUGGGAAGAACAUACCCUCAGUUUUGGCGAAGUGAUAAGAGCGCGGGAAGCCUUCGAAUCCUACAAUUACGAAGUGGAAGAGUUCCGGAUUCCGAAAUCCGAGCCCUUGCAGAGCCUGAAAAGCAAGAUUCGCGCUUCUGCUGCGGACAUCAAGGAGAAGCCGAAUCUGAACACACUGUUGAUCAUUUGGUACUAUGGGCAUGGCGGUUCAUGGCCCGACGGUGAGAAUCGCUUGACCCUUGCCAGCCAUGAAGAGGGUGGCACAUGUGUCCGCUGGAGUGAUGUAGCCAAGGCCAUUCUCGAAGUCAGGACCGACGUCUUGACCAUUCUCGACUGUUGCCAUGCUGGAGCUUCGGCGCUCAGUGAAGACCUACUGCGACCCUUCAUUGCAAGUAACAAAGACUACGUCAAGUGGGUUUUGAACGCGUCCGGCUUUGAGAAUACUCCCUUAACCUGCACCCCGGGUCUUUUGCGAAUGAUAUCUGGACGUCAGGGGCCAAUCAUGCCACAUCCUUUGCCCGAUCCUUUGGCGCCCAGAGGAGAGAAGAGAGCAAGAGCUUCCAGCUCGACUGAGUCUGACGACGAGCCACCGAAUACCCGUGCUAGGGUCUCAUGA